AUACACACACUGUAGACUGACAUCAUGGAGCGCGCGAAGGUGAAAGUAUUCCCUCGUUUUUCCCUCUUCUCCCAGUUCGGCUUUGAACUUGGAGGCGGGCGACACAGCCGAAGCUAACGGGAGAAGAUGGGUUACCUUAGGCAGAUUGUCGUUGAAAAUUUCAAGUCUUGGCGAGGAAAGCGAGUUCUUGGUCCUUUUGAGCAGUUCCACUGUGUGAUUGGUACCAAUGGAAGUGGUAAGUCCAAUGUGAUGGACGCCAUAAGCUUCGUCAUCGGUGAGCGAGCUGCUACCCUGCGAGUUAAGCAUCUUCGGGACUUGAUACAUGGAGCUCAUGUCGGUCGCCCGGUGGCCAGCAGCACCAGGGUCUGCAUGCAUUACCGGGACAAUCAAGACCACGAGACUGUCUUUUCUCGCAGCCAUUCCGAAGGCUCCUCUGAGUAUUAUAUCGACAGUGUACAAGUGUCUUUCAUCAACUACAUAGGGCAACUAGAGGAGAUUGGGAUUUUUACCAAAGCCAGAAACUGUCUUGUGUUCCAGGGGGUGGUGGAGUCCAUCGCACUGAAGGAUCCACGAGACCGCACCAGGAUGUUUGAGAUGAUCAGUCAGUCCAGAGAGUGUGCUGCUCUGUAUGACCAAAAGAAACAGGCCUUGUUGAAUGCUAAAGAAGAAACCAAUUUCCACUUCAAGAAAAAGAAAGCUGCUGUUAUAGAGAAAAUGCAGGUGUCCAAGGAGAAAGUGGAGGCAGAGAAGUACCAGGAAAUGACUGACGAUCUCCAGCAAAAACAAUUUGAACUGACCCUUGCUGAGCUCUAUUAUAACGAGAGGGACAUCAAAAGUACCUGCAGCACAUUGGAUGAGAAACAGCAGGAAACGUCGACAAAGAUGGACAUCAUGACGAAAUGUGAGCAGAUUGUGAAAGACAAGAAGAAGGAAAUUGGACGACUCAGUAGAGAGGUGCAGCUCAGGGAGAAGGAAUAUUGUGCUCAGGAGCAUCUGCUUUUCCAAUCUCGAGCCCAAUGUAUCAAAAUGAAAACAAAGACGUCCCAUCACAUGACGAAGGUGGAAGAUGCCCGUGAUACUAUGAAAAAGUGUGAGAAACUCUUGGCAUUCAAAAGGCAAGAGCUUGCAGAAUAUAAGCAGGAAAAAGUUGAAGUGGAGAGUGCUUGGCAGUACUACGAAAACCAGAUCCAGAAUCAGGGAGACUUCCAGGGACGGGACAUCCACCUGAAUGAGGAUCAGCUGCAGCAAUACAAAGUGCUUAAGGAGUUUGCGAGAAAAGAAAGUGCCAUUCACACCCAACAAGCGGAUAAGCUCCAAUGGGAUUUAAAAACUAGCACUGAGAAGGUGGCUUUUGACCAACAUAAAAAGAAGGAAGUGAAGUCUGCAAUCAGGACUAAACUGGCGCAACUGGAUGAGUUGACAGCAAGAGCAGAAAAGUUGGAAGACUACACCGUCACCAGCCAGGCUGCCAUUGAGCAGUAUCUAGAGCAAGAGCAAAUGUUGAGUGCAGAGUUGGAGCAGGGCCGCCAGCGUUCCAUUCAAUUGAACCAGGAGCUGGGUCAGGUACAGGAAGAGCUGGGAAAUGCCCGUCUGGAGAAGCAGGAGAGUAAACGGCAGCAGAGACGCAAAACACUACUAGAGAAGUUGCAGAGACUCUACCCUGAAUGUGUGUAUGGACGUCUUUAUGAUGUGUGCAGUCCAAUCCAUAAGAAGUACCAGCUAGCUGUUACCAAGGUAUUUGGCCACAACUUGAUGGCCAUUGUUGUGACAACUGAGAAAGUGGCUCGCGACUGCAUAUCGUUCAUAAAAGAGGAACGAGGCGAACCAGAGACAUUUCUGCCAAUUGACAAUCUUGUUGUAAACCCCAUCAAUGAGCGCUUGAGAGAGAUUCCUGGAGCCAAAUUGGUGAUGGAUGUCGUCCAGAUUAACAUUGCAAGUGCCACCGAACUGAUGCGAGUGGUGCUCUAUGUCUGUGGCAAUGCCCUCGUGUGUGAGACCAUCAAAGAAGCUAGAAGGGUUGCAUUUGACGGAAGACAACGUCUAAAGACUGUUUCACUGGAUGGAACACUUUUUACCAAGUCUGGUAUGAUCUCCGGAGGUUCCAGUUACCUGCGGACAAAAGCCCGCUGCUGGGAUGACAAAGACAUGGCACAGCUAAAAGAACGAAAGGAUGAAAUGGUCCUUGAACUGCAUGAACUGAUCAGACUUAAGAGAAAGGAGACAGACCUGAAUCACAUCAGGGUGCAGGCCGGUGGGGCUCAGAAGCGCCUGAAAUACGCCCAGAACGAGUUGGAAAAUGUUCAAAGGAAAAUAAUCCCUCAGUUACAAUCGGAUAUUUCUCGCAUGAAAACUGACUUGUCCAACUUGGAUGCAGAGAUCCUGAUUCAUCAGAAACAUAUAGAGGAGAAGAAUGCAGAAGUGACGAAAAUGAAAGAGGAGAUUAGUCAGAUUGAAGACUCUGUGUUCUCAGACUUCUGUCAUGAUAUCGGCGUCAGAAGUAUUGGGGAAUACGAGAAGGAGCAUCUGAAACGUCAAACUGAGUUUGACACAAAGCGGUUGGAAUUUGAGAAUCAGUGCACUCGCCUUGAUGUACAGUGGGUCUAUGAACAAGAACAACUUGAGAAACAGCAAGGGAAUCUCUUGAGACUGCAAGAAAUGGUUGAAAAGGAAGAAGAAGCUGUUGAGAUGCACAGAAAGGAGGAAGCGAAGCUUCUGGAGGCUGUUGAGAAGAAUGAAGCGGAAUUACUGGAGAUGAAGAAUGGGUUGCUGAACAAGAAGGAUGACCUGAGUCUUCUUAAAUCUGAUCUCUCCUCAAAAACCAGGAAUCUUGAAGAGCUCAACAAAGAGGUGGUGAAGCUCCAGCAGGAGGUGAUGACUUCUGAGAGUGCCCUUGAGCAGAAACAUUUGGCCAGGCACAACUUACUUAUCACCUGCAAGGUCCAGGGCCUGCCAAUCUCCAUAGUGGCAGGGAGUCUUGAUGAAAUCAGUGAGACGCAGCUGCCUGCUGGUCUUGAUGGCUCUUCAGCCUCCUUGAGCAUCUACGAGAGGGAGGCCCAAAUUAUUAUAGACUACUCUAGCCUGGAUGCAGAAUUGAAGACUGCAAACAUAGAAGAGGUGCCGGCCAUCCUCGAAAGCCUGAAGGAGUCAAAUGCCUCUUUGGUGGAAAUGUUGGGUCAGACCUCUGCUCCCAAUCUCAAGGCCUUUCAAAGGAUGAGUGAGGUGAACGACAAGUUACAGGCCUUAAAUGAAGACUUUGAGUCCAGCACCAGGAAAACCAGGAACUGCAGCCAGGAGUUUGAGCAUGUCAAAGCACAGCGAUUAUCCCUUUUCUGCCAGUGUUUUGAUCAUGUGUCUGCGGUGCUUGACCAGAUCUAUAAAAGAAUAUGCAGGAACAACAGUGCUCAGGCCACUUUGUCUGCAGAGGAUGCAGAUGAGCCAUACCUAGGUGGCAUCAACUUCAGUUGCAUUGCUCCUGGAAAACGCUUCAUGUCCAUGGAUAAUCUGUCUGGAGGGGAGAAGGCUAUUGCUGCUCUGGCUUUGGUUUUUGCUCUGCACAGUUUCCGUCCGGGUCCUUUCCUUUUUUUGGACGAAGUGGAUGCUGCCUUGGACAAAUCUAACAUUGCCAAGGUGACCAAUUUCAUUCGUGAAGAAUCCAGAGCAAACCUGCAGAUCAUUGUCAUCUCCCUCAAUGAAGACUUCUACUCCAAGGCUGACGGACUGCUGGGAGUUUACUGUCAUAGGGAUGAUGCCACUAUAAGCCAUUUCUUGACCAUGGACCUUACCCCCUUUCCACUGGAUGAUGAUGAUGAGGAAAGAGAGACUGCAGCUGUGGAGAAGGUGGUAGAUAACAUAGUUAGCCUCAACAUAUUUUAAUUUGAGGGUGCAGUUCUUCAACCCUUUCAUCGACUCAGUGUUCACCUAAUGAAAUGUUGGUAUGAAUUUCAAUAGCAUUAUUUGUUUCAUACAGUUCUGUCAAAGAAAAUCUUGAUCAUCUUUCACAUUUAGCAGUGUUCUCCUCAUGUUGCAUUUCAGACUUAGUGUUGAUAAAUGUUGGGUUGUUCUUUCCAGCUGCAUGCAUUGGGUGUAUUUGACUUCUUCAACCCUUUCACCAACUCAGUGUUCACCUAAUGAAAUGUUGGAAUGAAUUUCAAUAGCAUUAUUUGUUUCACACAUUGUUUCAUACAGUUCUGUAAAAGAAAAUCUUGAUCAUCUUUCACAUUUAGCAGUGUUCUCCUCAUGUUGCAUUUCAGACUUAGUGUUGAUAAAUGUUGGGUUGUUCUUUCCAGCUGCAUGCAUUGGAUGUAUUUGACUCGGAUCCUUGAAUACCUGAUCUACAAUGUUCACUCAUUAAUUCAUUUUUUUAUUUCUCAGUUGUUCUUAUUUUGGGUGUGUUUGACCAAUAAA